GGCAGGCGCUCACCUGCCUGGAAGAGGAGUCUCCCCGUAGCGAGGGCAGGGAGCGGACACACGCACACACACAGAGCCUGCCAUGGAGGAAAGGCAGCAGGAGCCCAAGGAGCCUCCGCGGCCCAAGAGAGAGGAGCCGCUGCCCGCCUGCUUCGCCGCCCUGGGCGCCGGCAGCCCCAAGCCCCGGCAGAAGUACGGCGGCAUGUUCUGCAGCGUGGAGGGCGCCUUCGAGAACAAGACGCUGGACUUCGAGUCGCUCAACGGCAACGGGAAGCGAGGAAGCCCCACGCCUAGCCGGCCCCGAUCCAGCCCGGGCUCCGAAGGGAGCAGCCGGAGGAGCAGCCCGCCUCGCCCCGCGCCUCUGCGCCCGCCUUCCUCCGGAGGAGCCGAGCAGCUGCCCAAUGGCUGCCGGCAGAGUGAUCGUCUGCUCAUCAAGGGAGGGAAGAUUGUCAAUGAUGACCAGUCAUUUUACGCCGAUAUCUAUGUGGAAGAUGGUUUGAUUAAACAAAUUGGUGAAAAUCUAAUAGUCCCUGGAGGUGUAAAAAUGAUUGAUGCUUAUGGCCAGCUAGUUAUGCCAGGAGGGAUAGAUGUCCACACUAGAUUACAGAUGCCAGUGAUGGGAAUGACCUCUGCUGAUGACUUCUAUCAAGGCACAAAAGCAGCUCUUGCAGGAGGAACUACAAUGAUAUUGGAUCAUGUAUUUCCUGAAUCUGGAGCAAAUCUGCUGACUGCAUAUGAUCAAUGGAAAGAGUGUGCUGAUAGUAAAGCAUGUUGUGAUUAUUCUUUGCAUAUUGACAUCACACGUUGGCAUGAGAGCAUAAAAGAAGAGUUGGAGGCUCUUGUGAAAGACAAAGGUGUGAACUCUUUUCUUGUCUUCAUGGCUUAUAAAGAUAAACUCCAGUGCACUGAUGCUCAGAUGUAUGAGAUAUUCAGUAUUAUUCGAGAUCUGGGUGCCAUUGCUCAAGUACAUGCUGAGAAUGGAGACAUCAUUGAUGAGGAGCAAAAAAGACUGUUGGAAUUGGGGAUUACUGGUCCAGAGGGUCAUGUUCUCAGUCAUCCUGAAGAGGUUGAAACAGAAGCAGUGUACCGUGCUAUUACAAUAGCAAAACAAGCCAAUUGCCCUUUAUAUAUCACAAAGGUCAUGAGCAAAGGGGCUGCCGAUGUCAUAGCCCAAGCCAAGAGAAAAGGCACUGUUGUAUAUGGGGAGCCUAUCACCGCCAGUCUUGGUACCGAUGGCUCACAUUACUGGAGUAAGAACUGGGCCAAAGCGGCUGCUUUUGUGACCUCUCCUCCCCUUAGCCCAGACCCCUCCACACCUGAUUACCUCACCUCGCUCUUGGCAUGUGGAGACCUUCACGUGGUUGGCAGUGCUCAUUGUACCUUCACCACUGCACAGAAAGCUGUUGGAAAGGAUAACUUCACCCUGAUCCCUGAAGGAACAAAUGGCAUUGAGGAACGAAUGUCCAUCAUUUGGGAAAAAUGUGUGGCAACAGGGAAGAUGGAUGAAAAUGAAUUUGUUGCAGUGACCAGUACAAAUGCAGCAAAGAUUUUCAACUUUUAUCCCAGGAAAGGACGGGUUGCUGUUGCUUCAGAUGCUGAUUUGAUUAUUUGGAAUCCUAAAGCUACGAAGAUUAUCUCUGGAAAAACUCACAACAUGAAUGUGGAGUACAACAUAUUUGAAGGAAUAGAAUGUCGUGGUGUCCCUACUGUGGUUAUAAGCCAAGGAAAGGUUGUGUUGGAAGAUGGAAACCUCUUUGUCACCCAGGGCAUUGGACGCUUUGUUCCUCGAAAGACAUUCCCUGAUUUUGUUUACAAGAGAAUAAAAGCAAGAAACAGGCUGGCCGAAAUUCACGGUGUUCCUCGUGGGCUUUAUGAUGGACCUGUGCAUGAUGUUAUUGUAACUGCAAAAGCCGUGGCACCAACUCCUACCUCAAGAAUAGCCACCUGUUCAGGCAAAAUACAGAUUCCUUCAGUUCGUAACCUGCAUCAGUCAGGCUUCAGUUUGUCCGGAUCUCAGACAGAUGACCACGUUGCAAGACGUACUGCGCAGAAGAUUAUUGCUCCCCCAGGUGGACGCUCCAAUAUCACAUCGCUGUCUUAAUUAACCUUGCUGAAUUAACCUUGAUUAUUACUGAUUUGCCACACUCAGCUACAUAUAAACCUUUUUAAAGUCCUGUAGCUUAAAUCUCUUUCUGACUUAGAUGGGACUUUAAAAAAAACUUACUGUUGAUCAAUUUGUGGCCUUGAUCUUCAUUGAGGCAGACGGAUUAUGGAGCAAUUCCUUUUAAAUUAUCAGUAAUUCUUAAAAGCCUCUGCCUUUUCUGCACUCCCCAAGUACCUCUUACUUUAUAAACUAAAACGACCAGAUGUUUAUAAAGUGAAAUUGCCAAGAACAUUACAUUUGGAUAUUUUAUACUGCCAAUUCAAAGGACUUGGGUGGGAGUGUGCCCCACAGGAAUACGAACAUGAUUUUACUUCUUACUCAGGAUAAAAUUUCCCCGCCUGGUCUUCUCUAGGUAGAAAUUACUACACUUCUUCCCCAUGUACAGAUCUCACCAAGUAUUAUAAAUAUAUCUUCAGAGACAUGCAUGUAAACAUGUACACUUCUAGUGAAGUACUUUUGAAUAGUGUUCAGCUGAACUGUUAGCUGUGUCCUGAAUUACAACUAAGGCAUAUCUCUUAAGUAUUUUGGUUCGAAGUCUAUCAGUGAUUCAUGCUGUUUCUGUAAUAAUGAAUUUUACUAGGAAUGACCUUUGUACUGUUUUAACACCAACAACUUGUUCUUUGUUUGUUUUUAUUGGAAAAACUUACUUAGAUAGCACUGACUAUUCAGCUUCCAUGCUACCAUGCAGACACAAUGUGAUUUGUUUUCCUUAACUGCAAUUAGCUAUUAUGUCGAAAUGCUUAAACCUUGGUUAAGGAUAGCCUGGGAGAUUGGAAGAUGAAAGCAUGAUUUGAAGUAGGUUUUCAAGCCAUGGUUUGAAUAAGCCAUGAGUAAGUAAUACUUCAGCACCAAAUAAACUGUGAUAAAACAUUUCUCUAGCUCCUCAGCUUAUAAGAUGACAAGCAAAGCCACUGCUGAUUUUCACUCUUAACUAGGCAUAAAUAAAUAAAUAAAAAAUCAUGGCUGGUGCUAACAAAUGGUUAGGUGCUAUAUCUACACUUGCCUUGUGGGCUUCAAACACACUGCCAAGAUCAUCCUAACCAUUUAGCUCCUUCAUCCAGUAGAUUGCUGUAAAGUAAUCACUUAAAAUUUAUACUUACAGUUUAUUAGUAACUAUAUAUCAAACUACAGGUAGCUUAUGACAAACUUUGACUGAUGUGCGUAAGAUCUCACUGGGGGAUCCUUGAACAUAUUUUUUAGAAACCAUUGUCACUCAGUAUCAUUGUGACAGCAUGGAUAUAAGAAAUACAAGUGUGGUCUAAAUGUUCAUGGAAUUAGGUGUCAUAGUGUCAUUUUAGAGCUGGUAUAAAAAUGCAUUUAGACUUUAUUUAAAAAUCAAGCUGAAUUUCUGGAACCUGGACACAAUUGUGGAAGUGCCAGUGAGGUUUUAGCUUUUUUGUUAGUCAUGGAUUUUUAAAAACACAUUAUUUAUACAGUUUCCCCCAAGUAAUAGGAAGUAGGUGUAUUUGGAGAUCAGCUGAACACAGUGAACUUUUUAUAAAACUGAUAACAGGUUUAUUAUAUUUAAAGCUAUGUACAGCAAAGCUGAUCUUACAUAUUCCAUAUCAUUCCACAAAACUGUGACUGUGAUUUGUUACACAAAAUAAUUUGAUUUGCCUUUCACAUUCAAUAAAGUUUCCUGAAAAUCAGCUAAA